AUGUGCAUAUGUUGGAUCUCAUGGAAAGCAAACAACAACCAAAUACCAGUGGUCUUCAGCCACUUUAAAAAUGCAGAUGACAGUCGGUGCAGGGCUACGUCUGUAUCAUAUCAGGAGGGAAUAAUGUCAAUGGAAAGGAAGUCAAAGUUUAUUGAAUCAGACUAUGAGAUGCUGAUUGACUUCUACAUAUAUUCUCAAACUCUCAAGGUUCUUUGGGGACUUGCAACUGAUGGCUUAUGGGACUACAUUAAAAGGAUGCGGUCAACUUUGUUAGAAACCAACUUCAGGUACAUGGAGAUGUGCAGGCUGCAUCUGAAGCUCUAGCUCAAAUGGCCUUGGACCAAUAUUCUCAAGAGAAUGUAACCAUUGUGAUUAGACAUGCACAAAAAGACCGGUCUCGGACCGGACCCAAAAAAAGGCCGAGACCGAACCGGUCUAAAACGAGACCGGACCGAAAAAAGACCGGUUCUAAAAAAGACCGUACCGAAAAAAGACCGGUUUGAGACCGUCCCGGACCGGUCCAAAAAAGACCGGACUGUCUGGAGACUGGUCCUAAAAAAGACCGGACCGGUUUGAGACUGGUCUAAAAAAAUAGACAUGUAACCAAACUUUAUAAAUAUAUAAUUUUUGUGUUAAUUAUACAAUUUUUAAUCACAAACUAUCUAAUUUAUUUUAUUUAUUUCUUUUAUAAAAUUUAAAUUAUCAUUUUUAAUAAUUCUUAAUUUAUUAUUUUGGUGAUAAUCUCAUAUUUAUUAAUGGAAAAAACUCGAAACCAAAACAAAAGAAUAAAAAUAUCGAAACCGAACAAAAAAACUCGAAAUCGAACCGAAAAAGGCGUAUGGAAAGACCGAGAGACGAAACCGAAAAAGACCGGUCCAAAAAAAGGCAGGUCCGUAAAAAGACCGGAUGGGAAAAAGACCGAACGAGACUGGUCUGAAAAUAGACGGGACUGUUCCGAGACCGACCUCAAAAAGACUGGACCGUGAGACCGACCAAAGACCGGUCUGGGACCGCAAAUGUGCAGGUCUGAUUGUGAUUGUUGAUUUGGGGUAUGCAAAUUUAAAAAAAAAUAAUGAUGUAAGUGCAUUUUUU